AUGGCGCCCAAAAAAUCCAAGAAGACAGCGGACAGCAUCAACUCCCGCCUAGCGCUGGUCAUGAAAUCAGGGAAAGUCACGCUCGGAUACAAAUCAACCCUCAAGACCCUCCGAUCAGGCAAGGCAAAAUUAGUGAUAAUAGCUGGGAAUACGGCGCCGCUCCGGAAGAGUGAGCUUGAGUACUAUUCUAUGCUGUCGAAAACGAACGUCCACCACUUCGCGGGCAACAAUAUCGAGCUAGGAACUGCAUGCGGGAAACUUUUCAGGUGUUCGACGAUGGCUGUACUGGAUGCUGGGGACUCGGACAUAUUAUCAGGCGCUGGGGGACAGUCAUGA